GAGGGAGUGGGAAUAAAGUCAGAUAGCGGAUCUGGCAGCAAAAGGAAAACGAGGGGGGAAAUACUCACAAGAAAGUUUCCUGCUAACUUUGUAGCCGCAGCAGCAGCUAUGCCCGUGCGGUGCGGUGCCUCGGGGCUAGGGGGGCUCGGAUCGCCUUAGGAAGGGGAAGGAGGGGGAGAGACAAAAGUGUGGGGCUGGCCGGAUUAAAGCAAAAUAAAGAGCAGCACCCCUCCCCCUAAGCGAGAAGAACCCAGCAGAAGCGCGUGGGGUGGAGAAAACAUCCCGGGGAGAGCUGACCGGAGGCAGUGAGCGAGGAGAGGAGGGAGGGGGAACAGAGAGACUGAGGCAGGCGGCAGAGUUUUGGGGAAAGAUGAGCUUGUUGUCAGCCAUAGACACCAGUGCUGCUUCUGUCUACCAGCCUGCCCAGCUCCUCAACUGGGUCUAUCUGUCGCUGCAAGACACCCACCAGGCCAGCGCCUUUGAUGCCUUCAGACCCGAGCCCUCUUCUUCCCAGCACCCCGAUCUCAGCUACACCAAGACCAGCCCGGAGCUGGGCUCGUCCCUCAAUUCCAGCUAUCUGAACAGCUUCUUCCAGCUCCAGAGGAACGAGGCGCUGAGUAGCAGUCUGUAUAAGAGCGCAUCGCCCUAUGGCUCCCUUAAUAACAUAGUGGAUGGGUUAAGCUCGCUCACUGAGCAUUUCUCUGACCUAUCCCUCUCCUCGGAAGCCAGAAAACCCAGCAAGAGGCCACCUCCUAACUACCUAUGUCACCUCUGUUUUAACAAGGGACACUACAUCAAAGACUGUCCACAGGCUCGUCCAAAAGGAGAGGGUCUGACCCCGUACCAGGGCAAGAAACGCUGCUUUGGUGAAUACAAGUGCCCCAAGUGCAAGAGAAAAUGGAUGAGUGGAAACUCCUGGGCUAACAUGGGACAAGAAUGUAUCAAGUGUCACAUCAACGUUUAUCCUCACAAACAGAGACCCCUGGAAAAGCCGGAUGGCCUGGAUGUUUCAGAUCAGAGCAAGGAGCAUCCUCAGCAUCUGUGUGAGAAGUGCAAAGUUUUGGGCUACUACUGCCGUCGUGUGCAAUAAACCUUCAAGGGUGGCCUCUUCCGUCCCCAUCAUCCUGCGAGAUCCUUUGGCAGCACGCGAUCAACAGCAACACAGAAUCCAAGACAAAAAAAAAAAAAAAAACUAAAAAAAAGAUUGCCAAUUUUGCCUAUCUUUAACUAAUAAUAUGCCUUACCAUUAAUAGAAUGUAACACUUUUCCUGUGUAUGUGUAUACGUGCAAGAUAUAUUUAUAGGACUAUGGUGUGUUUUAUAUAUCGAUCUAUCUAUAUAUCUAUCAAACAGUGUUACUGAUAGUGUUCACAAUGGAACCACUGCUGUGGUUUCUGUUGAUUGUUUACACAGUUCCUAUAUCAUGGCCAGGUGAAAUGAAGAGAAGUGCUGUGUGUUAGGCAAGAUAUAAUGUUCACUGGGGAGUAAACAUUAUGAAUGGCUUUUGCAGGACUUAGGUAACCUGCAAGGCCACUAAUUGGGAGUGCUCGCUAACCCCAUGAACAUUAUUCCUCUUAUACGACAAGACAAAGGAAGAUUCAACAAGCCACAGCAUUAAAGAAGGGAAACUAUCAUGUUUUCCUUGCUUUGGAAGAUUUGAAAGUUUCAUGCUACUGCUUUCUUGGACUUCCACUGCUUAAUAUAACUUGGGUAGGGCGUAGGUGGACUCAGUGAAGGUAAAACAAAGUGUAUAAUUGUUUGAGGGAGUGGGUUUUUUUUUAUGGAAAUGGAGAAUAGCAGCUGGAUAGAUUGUCAGUAAGGAUUCCAGCAUCUUUUGGGAGAGAAUAGUGUUUGCUUUCCUCAGGCUGUGAUUGACUGAAAUCCUUCUCUUGUCAUAUAAUUUCUUUUAAAUGGGCCCUUUAUGUGUAUUUGCUAUUCAUUAGGCCACAAGCACACUAAAUUUACUGUGAAUAAUGGGGAAUGAGAAUGAUGAAAUUUGUCCCCAAGCCCUAAUUGAGUGAGUAACCAGACUUAAUAUUUAUACUAGUUCGAAAGCCACUUUCUGGAAAUAUUUUUAUGUCCUGUUUUCUACUGUGCAAAUUUAUUAAUAUAAAAGUAUAUACUUAUGUAGCCACAGGGGUUGUAUAGGGCAUGAAGAACAUAACCUACCCUCUUCUCUGUCUUUCUAAAACAUCUAUAUAGGUUAGGAGAAAUGUAGUAAUUGUAUGUGGUUGUCCUAUUUCAGGUAGAAGGGACUUUGUGCAGGAAGAUCCUGUUACAAAGAAAAAUAUAUUAUCAGAGAUUGGGGAAUGUCAUGAAAUGAAAGUACCUCAAGACAGUAGUCUGGUUUUGUAUGUAUUUUUAAGAGUAGAUUGGCAAAAGGACAGAAUGAAUAAGACUUGUAUGUGUCAUCCACUUCUAUAGAAAGCUUCUAUAGAAAGCUACAGGAGGGUGUUUUUUUAAAAUCAAUCAUUUUCAUGACAUUUUCUUUAAGAAAUAGGUGUGUGUGUUAUUGUUAUGUAGUGGAACUGUUUUAAAUUCAAAACACUCAUAGCAAGUUAAAGCUGUUUCAAAGUUAAAUUUGAUAGAUACAAUCCAGAGUUAUCGCAUGCUAAGGUAGGAUGAGGUGGUACCAAUACAACCAGUCAAAGUCUUGUAAAGCAGAUUAAAAACUUGUAGUAAGCAUUCUCAUGUGAAAUGUGAAGAUCUUCACAAAGUUGAUCUGGAGUGAAACUUUUGCCAUUUCCAUGUUUGUCUGUGAACAGGGCAAAACGUUGAUGGGGCAAAAAAUGAUUUGUUUAGAAAUUUCACACAAAAUUCAGUUUUCACAAUUUAUGGGGAACCCAAAAAUUCAAGUCGUAAGUAAUGUGGUCUACUAGUUAGAGUAGUGUACUGGGAGACAGGACACACGGAUACUGUCCUGGGUUCUGCCAGUGGCCUGCUGUUUGACAUUGGGCAACUCUCUGAACCUCUCCAUGCCUCAGUUUCCCCAUCUGCAAAAUGGGGAUAAUAAUACUUAACAUACCUACCUCACCAGGGUGUUGUGAGGUUUAUUUAAUGUCUAAAGGCCUUUUGACAUUGUUGGAUGAAAACUGCUAUAUAAUUACAAAAUAAUAUUAAGUUAAACACUUCGAGACUAAUUUUGCCCAGUUAGCAGUACCAUAAUUAAAACAAAAAUGACUGAAAUUUAACACUGAUCACAGAUUUUGAUUGCCUAAAUCAAGUGAGACAGUUAGCAUCUUCAAGAGGGAACGCAUUCUUAGCCGAAGACUGAAAAGUACACUUAGGGACAGAUUUUCUAAACAAAUCUUCUUAGUUUGCCCAUGAAAUAAGAAAAUUUGUGCAUGCCAGUUUAGAGGUGGGUUUUUAAAACUUGGCCUCAGUGUUAAUUUUGACCCAUUGUUUGGGGUGUCAGUAAUGCAAAGGGGAAUAUUGCAAGAAGGCCAUACAAUAAACUGGCUAUAAUUUUUUCCCUUGAGCACUUAAUGGUAUAUUAGCAGCAAUUUCUUUGACACUUAAGAUCCAGCUAAAGGAAAAGUUAAGAAAUAGCACCAAACAAAAGCUAAGAGAAAAGCCGUUUUCUUCAUAAAGCUAAGAAUGUAUCAACCAAUCUGCCCCUCCAUUUCAAAAUAAUUUCAAAUUUGUGGCAACCACUUAAAGAAGAAAUACUAUUGAUCAGGGCCGGCUCCAGCAUUUUUGCCACCCCAAGCAGCGGGGGGAAAAAAAAAAAAAACACGAUUGGCAGCACUUCGCUUCAUUCUUUAGCAGCAAUUCAGUGGCAGGUCCUUCCCUCCGAGAGGGACUGAGGGACUUGCUGCCGAAGUGCCGCCGAAGAGCCAGACGUGCCGCCCCUUUCCGUUGGCCGCCCCAAGCACCUGCUUGCUGUGCUGGUGCCUGGAGCCGGCCCUGCUGCUGAUGAACAUCAGAGCUGCAAAAUAUGUAGUUAUAUGUAGCUAUAAUUACAUGCUAUAUUUAAGCCACUGCAGGAUCUUAACAUAGACCAGUUGAAGGACAUUAUUAAACAAAAUUGUUGCCUUUUUCACAUUAGUACCAUUUUAAAUGUUAUUUGUUCAGGUUCAGUACUGCAUUACUUUUAGCUUAUAGAUUUCUAGGGAAUGCUUUAAAGCAAGGUUCCCAAAUAUACAUCCAAUGUGGCUUUAAUACAGCUACCAUUUGCAUAUGCAUAGAAUAACCCUUUUUUUUUUUAACAUACUUGUUGGAGGUUAAACACUCAUGUCAUCAUAUUAUCCUACAUGUUAGAAAUGUCAGCACAUUAACUGAAGACACAAAUCAAAUGCAUUUGGGUCCUGGUCCAACUCCAGAUGAAGUCAAUGGAAAGACUCCCAUUGACUUCUCCGGGCUUUGGAGUUUCCCCACCCCACCCCAUUUUAGUUAGUGAAAGGAAAGGAUGAAUAUUGCUGGCUGGAACCAGGCAAGGACUAUGCAAGCUUCCCUACACAUCUCGAUCAGUGAACCCCUUUCAUGACCAAUAGCAUCCCCCUCUUAUUGUAGUCUUCCACCUGUGGUGAUUAAGCAAUUACCACUUAAUCUUGCACAAUGUACCCAAAUGAGGUGUAGAAUGAAACCCACCAAAUGUAUUGUCACUGGUGACCUAGUAAGUACAUCUUUAAUUCAUACUUAGUAAGCACAUUUGAAAUAAUCAAGGGGCAAAUGGGAUCCUCCUCUCCACUUAUUCUGGAGAAGAGGGGCCAGAAGCAGGUGGUGAAGGAGUUAAGACUGUGGGAAAGCAAGAAGCAACACUCCCUGGCCUGCUCCCCUCUCCCCAGAGUCAACAAAAACCACUCCACAUAAUGGGGGAGCCACAGGUAUAUAAGCCAGAAAGAGGGGGCAGAAAGGGAAGCAGCAUGCUUUUCUCUGAGCCUGGUAGGGAUAGAUGUUGCUUCAUGCAGAAUUUAUUCUGGCCAUGGUUUCCAUCUGUAUCAAUGAAGCAAGAUAUAUGGUGCAGUCCGUGAGGUGUGGAGAAAGAGUGAACAACAUGAAAUGCCAGAGAGCUGGAGAAGUCAGCUCACAAUGCUUACUGCCCCUACAUCCACAGGGAUGAAAUUUGGCAUUCCCUCUGGGUUUUUUGGGACACCCAGACUCACUGUGCAUUGUCAAAAACCCCAUCACCUCAAGGGGUGGAUCUGGGGAAAAGCCCACAUGGCCAAACAAAGUUUCAGGUGUACUCCGGCCCCCUCCUGAUGGGUUUAUUUGUAGGAGUGAAAUGUUGAGCUCUUGGGGUUUAUCUUUAUUGGUAAGUAUCCUUAUUGUAUAUGGAUUUAUAGGUCAGUAUCAGAACAUAUUCCACUGUUAAUCUGCAGUAGUUCACAGUUGUUAGUCUUUAGUAAUGGCAUAGUUUUUAGUAAAGGUUGAAAUUUUCUGAAUUUCAGAUUUACACAUUUCUUUAUAAAAAAAAUUAAUGUUGAGUAAGCGAAGAUGAUUUUUGCUCAUUUUUUUUGGUAAAAAUUCAUCCCAUUUCUGACCAGCUGAACUGGCUGAAAUUUUCCAAAUUUGAAAAUUUUCUUCAAAAUUUCUGAUUUAGACCUGGAAAUUAUGGAAUUAUUUUUUCCUCAAAUUUUCAUGAAAAAUGUCUACCAUUUUUUUUCUUUGAUCAGCUCUAGUUUUUUAACUCAUCAACUGGUAUUCCAUGCUGGGUUUUAGCGGUUUUAUUGAAAGUCAAAAGCAAGUCUUAGUGAAAACAUUUGUGAUUCAGUACAAAUUAAUUCAGUCAAAUUCUGCCCGAAGGAAUUUAAGUCGCUUCACUGAGUCUGCUGAUAGCGGCACACAUGAGAGCAGGAUUUGAUCCUAUGGAUAUGUUUGGGAAACUUAAUUAUAAACAUUAGAUUGUUAUCUACCUGUGAAUUGAACUGUGCACCACACCCUAUUCCUUGUUUCUUCUGGAGACUUACAUGGAAAAAAUUAAUGAUAAAAGUCAUAAUUCUUCCUUCCUUCAGUCAAUCAGAACCUUCAUGUAUACCUGAUCUUCUGGAUCACUAUCGCUCAGGAAAAAAAAUAAUCAGUUGACAGGGGUACAUCAGUUUGCACCAGCUGAGGAUACUUCCCCCCCACCCUCCAAAUAAUUUAAAUCUUGGCCCCAGGUUACCCAGUUUCUACUGCUGCUUCCCCAUAAUACAUUAUGAUGCCACCUGAGAAAAAUCCAAGGCCUUGGUGUCUCAAAAUUGUUUUUUAAUUGCAAAUAAAUACACAAAAGGUAAAUAUUAUUUCUGCAAAUACGUGUAUUUUAAAGUUCCCCAUUAUAUGGGACCUAGUCUGUAAACUAUAAUGUGAAGUUAUGUAUAUCAGAGGAGGCCAUUUAUAGAAGGAUCCUCUAUAUUUUACCUUUUUGUACAACAUGGAAUUUAGACUAGACAUUAAUUGCAGACUCUUGAAGCUAUAGCCAUUAUUCCAAAAAUGAAACUACUUAAACCAGUAGAUGAAAACUAAGACCAUUUGAAAGUAUUAGAAAUAAAUAGAUUAGUUCUCUAUGGCUUGCAGUUAAAUCAUUUGUGUGUGUCCAGUCAGGGCCGGCUCCAGGGUUUUGGCCGCCCCAAGCAUCCAAACAAAAACAAAACAAAAAAAAAGCCACAAUCACGAUCUGCGGCGGCAAUUCGGCGGGAGGUCCUUUGCUCCGAGCAGGGACAGUCCGCCAAAUUGCCACCGAACAGCUGGACAUGCCGCCCCUCUCCGAAGUGGCCGCCCCAAGCACCUGCUUGGUAAGCUGGUGCCUGAAGCCAGCCCUGUGUCCACUACAUAUUCUAAGUGCUAGUCAGUGAAUAGCAUGCAAUAAUUCAUCAACAUACAAGCAUUGUUAAAAUGAAGUGACUCAGCAUGUGUUUCUCACUUGCUUCUGCCAACAUAAUUAGAAGUUUGAUGGAAUUUUAGCCCCUCAAAAUGUCAUUUUUUAAGACAUCACUCCACUCCUGAUUGAAUAUCAGUGCAUAUCAGUUUUACAUCUGCAAAAACCACUGCUGUCCAUUUAUAUUGCUUAAGUGCUCAGAGGGCGGAUAGAGAUUUUAGAUGUAUGGAUGACGGUUUGCGUUUUUAGGAUGAAUUUCAAAGGGACAAUCGUGUGCAGUUACUAGAUGUAGUUGAUUGAUAUUAAUGUUUACCCCCUGUAUGAAGUAUUUUACAGUUUUACUUGCAGAUGUGUAUUUAUCUUGAGUUAUACUUGACGGAGUUCAUUUCAGUUUUUGUUUGUUUUUGUUUUGUUUUAAUACUAUGUGUGUAUUUUGGAAACCUUUUUAGAUGUUAAAAUUUUUGAAUGGUUACAAAUAUUUCUUGUAAUACUGAAUUAUCUUAUCUGGAAACUCUUUGCAGUAACUUUUUUGUAUAUAUUUGAGGGCCUUUUAAAAAAAAGAAAAAUAGUAUUGUUUGUUUUGUUUUUUUUAAAAAGUGUUUUUACAACUUGGAAGCUUUCAAAAGGGCCUUGCUCUCAACUAGAAUACUAACAGAGGUAAGAGUUUUCUUAAGUAUUUUGCAAAACUAAGGGUAUAUCCUCAAGAAAAUAUUUAUGGAAGUAAUUUACAUUUUUGUUUUUUUACAAUGCUUUUGUUUGUAUAAAGUAUGCAACAGAACUACAUUAAGAAGGAAAUAUUGUCUACAUAGAAUAUUAUAUGAAAGUUGGUACAUAAUUCUGACAAAAAACCCUUGCAAUUCUUUAAGCCAUAUUGUUUUUGUUUUCCUUGGAUGAAAAUAUCAGUAUUAAGUAACCAAUGUAUUAUUCAAGUGCAUAGACUUCUAUUAAUGAGCUUAUGCAGUUUAUUUAUAUGUGUAUUUUGGGAAGUAUUGCCUCUUUAGGCAAAGCUAUAACUAGAUGUAUUCAUGAGUAAGGAUCAGAUAAUAUUAUACUAUCACUUUAUGACCUUGUGAGAGAGACAGUAAAUGCUGAAAGCACAGUACCUAUUCAGCUUUCAGAAAUUCUGGAACACAGAUAUUCAAUUUUUGUAUUGUAGGGAUUUUCUUUUCAUAAUGCGAGGGUGGGUGCGUGUGAAGGUUUGGUUGGGGGGGCAUCAUUUGACAAACUGACAUUCAUGACAGUUUGCAGACAAUAAACAGAGAGCUGCAACGCAAUACUGGCUAAAGCAAUAUUGUCAAUCAAAGGACAUAAUGGAAAAGGAUCAAGGUAGAUUGUUGUAGGGAUUUGUGUCUAUUUUAAUUAGAAUUCAUAGUGUGAUAGAAUAUGCAUGUAUUUGAAGCAUUUUUACACUUUACGUUUCAUGUAGCUUGAUUAUGUAAUGGAUUUUGUUUUUAAACCAUGCUUAAAUGGAAGGUUUGCCUAAUCCUGUUCUGGAUUUUUGUUUCCUUUAAAAGGUUAUUUAGUACAGCAGUCACUACAUUGUAUAAUAGUGCUAAAACUGUAUCUUAUGAAUUUCUGCAGCUUUAAAAAUUAGCUUAAUUAUUAUGACUUUUGUUUGUUUUUAACCAGCUGUACCCACUGACCUUGUCAAUUUUAGUUGCCAAUUUGUAUGAUUUUCUUUUCUGUAAUUGUUAAUAAACUUGUACAGCUUAAAAACAAAAACCUAUGGACAAAGGCCUCAGAGGGACCAGUCCUACCUCAGCAACCAAGAUGAUAACUCACUCAACUAGUGACUGUGUUGCUGAAAAGACUGUAAAGCCUCUGUUGUGGAUUGUCCAUAAAAUGGCAUUCCGACAUGUGCCUUAUUAGCUGGAUAGUAUACAGCUUUCCUCUAGUAUCAUAGCAUUUUAAUGCUGUAUUAAAAUAUUGCAACAACACA